GAGCACCGAGACAGAGGCCGAAGGGGGCGCGCGCUGCUAGGAAGCGCCGGGGGUGGGGUUGCUUGCGCUCGCCUUGCCCGCCCGUCGCCUCUCAGCUGCGCGCUGGCGAGGUUGCUGGGGUCGGAGCGCCGGGCUCCGGCCGGUCCGCGUUCCCUCCCGCCGCGUCCUGCCGAGCGACCCUGGAGUACCUGUCCAGAUGCCCACCCAGCUGCCACAGGGGAUCCCUCUGGGAGACUGAAGGGCAGGCUCCCAGGCCCAGGUUGAGGCCGGCCAGUCCUGAGCUUUAGACCAGGGGAAUGGCAGCACCCCCAGAGCCUCAGGAUGAGGCCCCUGGGGAGGGAGAGGGGCUGCUGAUCGUCAAGGUGGAAGAUUCCUCCUGGGAGCAGGACUCUGCCCGGCAAGAGGAUAGCAGGGACUCCGAGGCCUGUCGCCAGCGCUUUCGGCACUUUUGCUACAGGGAUGUGGGCGGGCCCCAUGAGGCCUUCAGCCAGCUCUGGGAGCUCUGCUGCCGCUGGCUGCGGCCAGAGCUGCGCACCAAGGAGCAGAUCCUGGAGCUGCUGGUGCUGGAGCAGUUCCUGAGCGUGCUGCCCGGAGGCGUCCAGGGCUGGGUCCGAGAGCAGUGUCCAGGGAGUGGAGAGGAGGCCGUUGCCUUGGUGGAGGUCCUGCGGAAGCAGCCAGUGAAAGCACGGCCGCAGGAAGUGCCCUCAGAGGAGGUGGAACCCGAGGCUACGGUCCAGGGACCCCAGGCCAGGGGGCUUCGCAUGAAGGUGGGGGCGCGAAGCUGGCCACCUGCACCUUGGGAGCAGCGCAGCUAUGGUGCCCAGCUUCCCGCUCUUAAAGAAGGGAGAACCAGAGAGACAGCCGACACCUGCUUUGCCUCUGAGGCCCACGGACCUGUGACAUUUGGAGACAUUCCCUUCUAUUUCUCCCGGGAAGAAUGGGGCUCUCUGGACCCUGCUCAGAGGGAAUUCUUUUGGGACAUAAAGCGAGAGAACUCCCAGAAUGUUGCCCUGGCUCUGGUGCCAGAACCCAGUGGAACUGAAGAGGCUGCCCCCUCUCGGCUUGCAGGUUUGGGGCUCCGGAGCCACAGGGAGCAACCCGGGCUGGAGGAGUCGGUGACGGCACCGAGGGGCCAGGCCGGAGACGGUGGCUGUGGUACCGGCCACAGUGACGUGACUGCCUCCUGGAGCCCUGAGGAAGCCGAGGCUUGGGAGGGCGAGGCCCGGCCGGGGGCGCCCCUGGGCCGCGCGGUGGGGGCACGGAGGGGGCGGCCGCCCGCGCGCCGGCGGCAGCUGCGGGACCUGGAGGCGGAGAAGCCGCACAGCUGCGGUCAGUGCGGCAAGCGCUUCCGCUGGGGCUCGGACCUGGCGCGCCACCAGCGCACGCAUACUGGCGAGAAGCCGCACAAGUGCCAGGCAUGCGAGAAGAGCUUCCGCAGCUCGUCGGACCUGCUGCGCCACCAGGGCGUGCACACGGGCCAGAAGCCCUUCUCCUGCUCCCAGUGCGGCAAGAGCUUCAGCCGCAGCGCCUACCUGGCCGACCACCAGCGCAUCCACACGGGCGAGAAGCCCUUCGGCUGCAGCGAGUGCGGCAAGAGCUUCUCACUGCGCUCCUACCUGCUGGACCACCGGCGCGUGCACACUGGCGAGCGGCCCUUCGGCUGCGGCGAGUGCGACAAGAGCUUCAAGCAGCGAGCCCACCUCAUCGCCCACCAGAGCCUGCACGCCAAGAUGGCCCAGCCUGUGGGCUAAGGGCUGGCGAGGGCCAGGGGUGGGGGUGGGGGGGAUCUCCUGAGGGUGAAGCAGCCACCGCAGGCCUCCUGGGCUUCACCCUCCCUCUGUGGCCUCCAUCCGGGCUGCCCGCCCUGCCCUAGGGCCUGGCCCCCGCUCCCACGGAGUGGGAAGCCCCCGCACCUCAUGGCCAUUUUCCUUCUUCUUUCCUGGGGCUGCAGCACAUUCCUGGCCUGUGGCCUCUGCGUGGGAGACAGGCUGCGCCAUCAGGGAAGUGUGAGGACUGGGGCAGGGCCUGGGGUCCUCCGCACUGCCCUAACCCCCCCCCCCCACCAGCCUUGCUUGCCCCUGUGGCUCUUUGUUCCUUGCCCCGUGGGCUGAGUCUGUGGGCCUGGCCCUCUGCCCUUCCAAGCUGUGCCUUGAAGUGGGUGUGGAGGACAGGCCAUGACCUGCGGGAUGCUGCUGGGCUCUGGGAGGGACAGCCCAUCCUGGGGAGGAUCUGGGUCCUGGGUAUGGCCACAGGGGGCUUUCCAGCCACAUCCCCUCCCAUUUCUAGGCCCUGACCGUUGGGCCCUGAAUGGCAACCAACUGCCUCUGCUCUUAGCCUACUUGCCCCCAAGCAAGUUCCUGAGCGCACUCCCCCGCCAGUCUGGUGAGGGUGGUGGCGGCUCCAGGGAUGGGAGGCCCACACUGAAGACCAAGGACAGGGCUGCUGGAGGCUGGCUGCCCCUGGCGGCCCCCCUCUCCAGAGGUGUGGGGUUCGUGAUACUUAACACUAGCACUCUGUUAGCGCUCAGUCGCUGACUCCCUAAGCACUGCAUUCCGUGCUGCUGGCCACAGUGUCUGCAGAUAGGCGACAGCAGGGACCCACCACGGGCUCUCUGAAGGAGCUCGGCUCUGCUGGUCUCCAAAGGGCAGGCAGCAGAGGACGUUGAAUAAA